AUGGUGGUGUGUUUGAAUCUAUGAAGGGCCCACUUGAGUCGACCGUUUUUAGUAGCCGUUGCUCUCAUUUUCUCGAUUAAACCCUAGCCCUAUUUGCUUCUUCACGAUGCACUAAACCUGUUCGAUAAAAUUCCCCAAAGGAAAACAUCAGGAAACGCUCUACCCAUUUAAACAAACCUAAGAAGUUCGAAUCUUUCUACUGUAGAUAUGGCUUCAAAAACCGCCAGCAAAGACAUAAUCACUCUCCGUGGAUCCACCGCCAUCGUCAGCGAAUUCUUCGGUUAUGCGGCAAACAGCAUUCUGUACAACCGUGGUGUUUAUCCUGAAGAAAGUUUUGGAAGAGUGAAGAAAUAUGGACUUCCAUUGUUGCUUUCUCAAGAUGAAGGUGUCAAGACUUUCAUUGCAAAUUUGAACACACAGCUUUCAGAAUGGCUUGAAGCUGGGAAACUGCAGAGGAUUGUUCUUGUGAUAAUGAGUAAGGCCACCAAUGAAGUACUUGAAAGGUGGAAUUUCAGUAUAGAGACUGAUAGUGAAGUGGUUGAAAAAGGAGUUUCAAGGGAGAAGAGCGAUAAAGAAAUCAUGAGGGAGAUUCAAGCUAUCAUGAGGCAGAUUGCUUCCAGCAUUACAUACCUGCCAUGCCUUGAUGAACCCUGUAUCUUUGAUGUGUUGGCGUAUACUGAUGCGGAUGUUGCAGUACCAUUCACUUGGACAGAGAGUGAUCCAAAACUGAUAGCAAACCCCCAAAUGGUGAAAUUGCAUUCUUUUGAUACCAAGAUACACAAGGUUGACACUUUGGUGUCUUACAAGAAUGAUGAAUGGGAUGAGCAGUAAAAGAUGGGAUUUUACUUUAAUCUUGUGUGUUGAUCCUUUAAGAUUGAUGUGAAUCAUUUUGAUUCCCUUCUUGUGUAACCUAACAAGCAUGAAAUAUGAAUCUGGAAAAUUGUUUCCUCUUGGCUUUUAAUUUUAAUGACAACUGUUACUUUUCCUGAA